AUGUGCAAAAAACACAAAGAAAGCAAAUCGCGAGAGGUCAUGGCCUCCGGCAAAGAUUCCGACCGUACCUUAGGGUACAUGACCCGGAAGGAUACGGAAGUCAAGCUUCCACGGCCGACGCGGGUCAAGAACAAGACUCCGGCGCCGGUUCAAAUCACCGCCGAGCAGAUUCUAAGGGAAGCCCGUGAGAGGCAGGAGGCCGAGAUCCGUCCUCCUAAGCAGAAAAUCACUGAUUCGACUGAGCUUUCCGACUACAGACUCCGACGCCGGAAGGAGUUUGAGGACCAGAUCCGCCGCGCGAGAUGGAACAUCCAAGUUUGGGUCAAGUACGCUCAGUGGGAAGAGUCGCAGAAGGACUACGCUCGUGCUCGGAGCGUGUGGGAACGAGCCAUCGAAGGCGAUUACAGGAACCAUACGCUAUGGCUCAAGUACGCCGAGUUCGAGAUGAAGAACAAGUUUGUAAACAGCGCGAGGAACGUUUGGGAUCGAGCCGUCACGCUUCUCCCUCGAGUGGACCAGCUAUGGUACAAGUAUAUUCACAUGGAGGAGAUACUUGGGAACAUCGCCGGAGCUAGACAGAUAUUCGAGCGGUGGAUGAAUUGGUCACCGGAUCAACAAGGUUGGCUCUCGUUCAUCAAAUUCGAGCUCAGGUAUAACGAAAUCGAACGCGCUAGAUCCAUCUACGAGAGGUUUGUGCUUUGCCAUCCAAAGGUUUCUGCUUACAUCCGAUAUGCCAAGUUCGAGAUGAAAGGCGGUGAAGUUGGUCGUGCGAGGAGUGUGUACGAACGCGCCACGGAGAAGCUUGCAGACGAUGAAGAAGCCGAGACGCUCUUUGUGGCGUUUGCUGAGUUUGAAGAGCGAUGCAAGGAACCAGAACGUGCUAGGUUUAUCUACAAGUUUGCUCUUGAUCAUAUCCCUAAAGGAAGAGCAGAGGAUCUGUACAAGAAGUUUGUGGCGUUUGAGAAACAGUAUGGUGAUAAGGAAGGGAUUGAGGACGCCAUUGUUGGGAAAAGGAGGAUUAAUUAUGCAUUGUAUGAAGAGAUUGAAGCUGAAGAUGUGGAGCGUACACGAGAUGUAUACAGAGAAUGUCUCAAGCUUAUCCCACACGCCAAGUUUUCUUUUGCCAAAGUAUGGUUGCUUGCUGCACAGUUUGAGAUCAGGCAAUUGAAUCUCACGGGAGCACGGCAGAUAUUAGGAAAUGCGAUUGGAAAAGCUCCAAAAGAUAAGAUAUUCAAGAAAUACAUUGAGAUCGAACUCCAGCUAGGAAACAUAGAUAGGUGUAGAAAGUUGUAUGAGCGAUAUCUUGAGUGGUCUCCGGAGAAUUGCUAUGCCUGGAGCAAGUAUGCUGAAUUGGAGAGGUCUCUUGCUGAAACGGACCGAGCUAGGGCCAUUUUUGAGCUUGCGAUAUCUCAGCCUGCUCUUGACAUGCCUGAGCUGCUAUGGAAGGCAUACAUUGAUUUCGAGAUAUCAGAAGGGGAGUUAGAGAGGACACGAGCUCUGUAUGAACGACUCCUGGAUCGUACUAAGCAUUACAAGGUCUGGGUUAGUUUUGCCAAGUUUGAGGCUUCUGCUGCAGAAGAAGACGAGGGAGAUGAAGAACAAGAAGAUGAUGUUAUCGAACGCAGAAAGGACUGCAUCAAGCGCGCCAGAGAUAUCUUCGACAGGGCCAACACGUAUUACAAAGACUCCACACCGGAGCUGAAAGAAGAGCGAGCUACGCUCUUGGAGGAUUGGCUGAACAUGGAGACGAGCUUCGGCGAGCUUGGGGAUGUUAGUGUUGUUCAGGCUAAGCUCCCGAAGAAACUCAAGAAGAGAAAGCCGAUUACUAGAGAAGAUGGCUCUACAGAGUAUGAGGAAUACAUUGACUAUCUAUAUCCAGAAGAAUCGCAGACAACGAAUCUCAAGAUUCUUGAAGCAGCCUUUAAGUGGAAGAAGCAGAAGAUUGCUGCUUCUGAGGAUUUGGAUUAAUUUUUUCUUAGCAAAACUGUUUUGUAUUCAUACUUUUAGUUCUCUGUACAUCGUCACUCGUAUCUGUUUUGAUUUAGCAGUAAUCUUUUGUCGUCGUUGUCUUCCAAGCAAAACUCAAAAAUCUGGUUUAUCUUGUUUUUGGUUUUGGUUCUGGUUCGAGCUUUCUGG